ACCAACCCAACCUUUGAUCACCACCUCCGCCUCCACCACCAACUCCCCAUCCCGGCAUCCCCUCCUCCGCCACUCCUCCCCACACACCUCACCUCUCCGAGCUCCAGCUCCAGCACCACCCACGCGCCCCAUGGCUGCCACCGCCAUCUCCGUCCGCUUCCACCCCGCGGCCGCGCGCCACGCCUGCACCUCCACCCGCCGCGCCCGCCUCGGGGUCGUCCGAGCGCAGUCCGCGCCGGCGGCGGCGGCGCUGACGCAGGACGACCUGAAGAGGCUGGCGGCGGUGCGCGCGGUCGAGCAGGUGCAGAGCGGGAUGGUGCUGGGUCUCGGGACGGGGUCCACGGCCGCCUUCGCCGUCGCCGAGAUCGGCGCGCUCCUCGCGGCGGGCAAGCUGACUAAAAUCGUCGGCGUGCCCACCUCCAAGCGCACCUUCGAGCAGGCGCAGUCGCUUGGAAUCCCGCUCUCCACGCUCGACGACCACCCGCGCAUCGACCUCGCCAUCGACGGCGCAGACGAGGUUGACCCAGACCUUAACCUUGUGAAAGGGCGGGGUGGUGCCCUUCUCCGUGAGAAGAUGGUUGAGGCUGCGUCAGACAAGUUCAUUGUUGUUAUUGAUGAGACAAAACUAGUUACUGGCUUAGGAGGAAGUGGUUUAGCCAUGCCAGUGGAAGUUGUGCAGUUCUGCUGGAAGUACAAUCUAGUAAGAUUGCAGGAACUGUUUAAGGAGGAAGGGGUGGAGGCAAAGCUAAGAUUGGAGGGUGACAAACCCUAUGUCACUGACAACUCAAACUACAUUGUUGAUUUAUAUUUCAAGACACCAAUCAAGGAUGCAUUGGCAGCGGGAACAGAGAUCUCAGCUUUGGAAGGAGUUGUUGAUCAUGGGUUGUUCCUGGACAUGGCGAGUUCAGUGAUCAUUGCUGGAACGGAUGGUGUCAGUGUCAAAACGAAGUGAGGUUUCAGGUUACUUGUUGUUUCUGUGUUGAAUUUACAAUUUUUCAAUGUAUAAGCUUUUGGUGUAAAAGCAGGCAAUAAUAUGCUUUAAUAAAUAUGUUUCCCAAAUUUCCCAAA